UAUAACCUCCACAACACAACACCAUCACAAAUGUCAAUAAUGGAAAUGUGUUGAAUUCAACUUAUUUUAUUCACAAAUUAAUGUUAUUGCAGUUUGAAACAACGGAAAGAUUAUUUUUUUGAAGUUCAACGAAACGUCUUCAAGAUGGGCAGGAAAAAAGAUGUUUAUGCCCACCUAACAGCCGCUGAGAAAAAAGUAAUAACAAUAGCAGAAAUCAUUCAAGAAUUGAUAAAAGGUUUGAAAGAGAAGAAAAAAAUCAACUUGAAUUCACUAAAGAACCAGAUAUCUUCCAAAUAUGGGUUGAAAAGUGCCCCUAAGUUAGUUGAUAUCAUAGCAGCUGUCCCCCAAGGACAUCGUAAAUAUUUGAUCCCAAAACUUAUGGCUAAACCUAUCAGAACAGCUAGUGGUAUUGCAGUCGUAGCUGUAAUGUGUAAGCCCCAUAGAUGCCCACAUAUAAAUUUCACUGGAAAUAUAUGUGUUUAUUGUCCUGGUGGUCCUGAUUCAGAUUUUGAAUACUCAACUCAAAGUUACACAGGCUAUGAACCGACAUCAAUGAGAGCCAUUCGUGCUAGAUAUGACCCAUAUUUACAAACAAGACAUAGAGUGGACCAGCUGAAACAGCUUGGACACACUGUCGAUAAAGUGGAAUUUAUUGUUAUGGGCGGAACUUUCAUGAGCUUAUCACAAAAUUACAGAGAUUAUUUUAUAAGAAAUUUGCAUGAUGCUUUAUCUGGCCACAAAAGUUCUAGUGUGGAGGAAGCUGUUAAAUAUUCUGAAAGAGCAAAAUCUAAAUGUAUAGGAAUUACAAUUGAAACGAGGCCAGACUAUUGUUUGGAAAGGCACUUGUCAGAUAUGCUGAGCUAUGGAUGUACUAGACUUGAAAUUGGUGUACAAUCAAUAUAUGAGGAUGUAGCUCGAGAUACUAAUCGUGGACAUACUGUAAAAGCAGUUUGUGAAACAUUCAAAUUGGCUAAAGAUGCUGGAUUCAAGGUUGUGGCCCAUAUGAUGCCAGAUCUUCCAAAUGUUGGACUUGAGAGGGAUUACAUUCAAUUUAGGGAAUUCUUUGAAGAUCCAGAUUUCAGAACAGAUGGUUUAAAGAUUUAUCCAACUUUGGUCAUACGUGGCACUGGUUUAUAUGAACUAUGGAAGACGGGAAGGUAUAAGAGUUAUCCUCCCUCUGUUUUGGUUGAUCUGAUUGCAUAUAUUCUUGCACAUAUUCCUCCAUGGACGAGGGUCUACAGGGUUCAGAGAGACAUACCAAUGCCCCUUGUAAGUUCUGGUGUGGAGCAUGGAAAUUUGCGAGAAUUGGCACUAAACCGAAUGAAGGACCUAGGAUACAAAUGCAGAGAUGUGAGGACUAGAGAAGUAGGUAUUGCGGAAAUACACGAAAAAAAGCGUCCUUUCAACGUAGAAUUCAUUAGAAGAGACUAUUAUGCAAAUGGAGGAAAAGAGUCGUUUUUGAGUUAUGAGGAUCCUUAUGAAGAUAUUCUUAUAGGACUGCUCAGGUUGAGGAAAUGCUCUGAGGCUACAACAUUCAGAGAAGAACUAAAAGGUGGAUGUUCCAUGGUUAGAGAACUUCAUGUUUAUGGUAGUGUGGUACCUGUUCAUGGACAUGAUAAUGAAAAAUUUCAACAUCAAGGUUAUGGUGCAUUGUUGAUGGAGCAAGCUGAGAUAAUAGCAAAAUCUGAGCAUGGAUCUAAGAAGAUAGCUGUUAUUUCAGGUGUUGGAACAAGAAACUAUUACCGGAAAUUGGGUUAUGAAUUGGAAGGUCCCUACAUGGUGAAAAGUUUGUUAGAGGAAAACUAUAAAUCUGCUUUGGAUUGUUAUGAUGGUAAUGAUUCUGAUAAAGUACCAAAUUCAGCACCACCACCAAAAAUACUCAGUGAUGCAGAAUGGUUGGAACAGUAUGCUCUUGAGCGAGGAUUAAGAAAAGAACCAAUUGCUGAGUUGCCGCUUCCAGGAAAAUUUACCACAUUAGAAGAUAUUCCUGACUAUCUUCAUAAUGAUCCAAAUAUAAAAAUUGUCAGUGGAACUUUGUAGAUUAACUAUAAUAGAUACAAAAUAGCCUCAAUAAGUCCCUAAAUGUAAAUAAUAACUGUAAUUGGUAUUCAGAUUCAUCGUUGUUUACAAAAUAAAAGAUCCACGUUA